AAAAAAAUCAAUAUACUGUCUACUGUCGCUUGUAUCGAACAGUGUAAAAUUGAAACAAAAUGACGUCGUUUAUUGAUGAGCAACAGCAAAUCCGGAAUUUGGAAAGACAACAGGACGAUAAGGACAAGGUUUCCUGGAUAACGAUAGUGACCAGCACUUCAGCGCAAGGAUGGGCAUUCGUCGUAAGUUUCGCCAUAUUCGUGCCAAUUCUAACAUAUUACAUAGUAAACCUAAACAACUACACGCUGAUCGAUUCAUCCACUUGCUUCGUCAACGAAACCUUCAGAAUACCCUGCGGUAAAGCGAAUAUAUCAGAAACAGACUGCUACAACAUCGAUUGCUGCUACGACAAACCGACCAAGAAAUGCUACCAUUACCUGCCCUCCAAGUAUUUCUACAGCCUAGCAAAUCACAACUACUACUCCACCAAAACCAAAUCGCCCUUCAACACAGCAGCAGUCGAAACCAUGAAAAUAUCAGUGGACGAAACCAGCGAGAACCAACUCAGCAUCUACCUCCACGAAGCCGCCACGAAAAUAAACACCACCACUCUCAAACAGAAGAAUUUCGUGGUGAACCCGGCGAAAGACAAGCUAAUGAUCGAGGUGAACCGGCCGGACGGGCAGCUGCUCCUCUCCACGGCCCUGGGGCCCCUCAUCGCCUCGAAGAACUACUGGGAGUGGACGCUGCACCUCACCGGCCGCUCGCUGUUCGGGCUGGACGGGACGCUGAUCGCGCUGCAGGGAAACGCCACGCUCAAGAGGGUGAUCUACGGCAACGGGCGCGACCGCGGCUGGGCCCCCGUGUUCUGGGCGCACGACGACGGGAGGUUCCACGGGGUGAGCGUGAGGCACGCCGGGCCGCUGGAGGUCGAGGUGCUGGCGUCGAACGUGAUAAUCCUGAGGAGCCUCACCGGGGGGUGCAUCGAGGUGGUGCUGUCGGUGGGGCCCACGCCUGCUUCGCUGCACGACCAGCAAAUGGAUGCGAAGCGUGCGGGAGAGUUGCCUUAUUGGUUGUUGGGGACGCACGUUUGCAAGAAGCGUGAGGUGUAUAACAAUUUGACCGAUUUGAUGGUGCACGUGGGAGAUGAGGAUUCGCAAGCAGACAGCUAUUGUGUGGACGAUAAUUUGUUCAUGUACUUGCAGAAGGAGGAUUUGAAUAGCACGAAAUCGAUUGGAGAACUGAAAAAAUACGUGAGCGAUUUGAGCUCGAAAGGGAAGAAAUUCUUGUUAUCGAUUCCACCGCAGAUCAUAAAAAAUACCACCUUAUGGAACCUAGCCGAGAAACUAAAUAUAUUAUACCAAUUCAAUCAAUCGGAAUACGUAGGAAAAUAUUUACAACAAGACGUCGUUUAUCCAGAUUACAGCGACCCGAAAAUCCAAGUAUAUAUCCAGGAAAUAGACAAACUCUUAAAAGAAUACAUCAACGUUACAAUCGACGGAUUCGUAUUGAGCGAUAAUUGGCCACUAAACGACAACUUUAUAAUGGACAACGCCAGUUUUCCCUACUUCGAUAAGGACCUUCAAGCUUCGAUGUCGCACACGAUCCAAUGGAACGCAACAAUCAAAAACGUGCAACACAUCAUAAAGCACACUUCCUACGGAUGUUCCCAAUACGAGGCUUUCAGAAAAUAUAACGAUUCGAAAUUAAUUCUAUCCGCUGCUAAAUCAUCGAGUGAAGUCUACCCAACAAUCCUGCAAAACGUAGACGCUUCCUGGGAACAUUUAAAAACGUACCUAUCAGCAGUACUCUUUAACAGUGUUAACGGGAAUCAUAUAGUGAGCCUGCCCGUUUGCGGGGAUACUGCGAAAUUCAACGAAACAAUCCAAUCCUCCCUGUGCUUGCGCUGGUACAUUAUAUCAGCCACGAUGCCUUUCCUGCGGGCCACGUCCCCGCAACCUUGGAGGAACCCGGCCGAUCUGAGCACCAAGUUCGAUCAGCAAAUAGUGCAAAACAUGCUGGAUAAAAGGAGACUUCUGCAGCCGUAUUUCUACGCGAUAUUGAGCAAAAACCAGCCGAUGGUGCGACCGAUGUUCUACGAUUACUACCAAGACACGAAAACUUUUGCAAUGGUGAGCCAGUAUAUGAUCGGAGAGAAGUUGCUCGUAGCGCAUCCUCUCACGGCAAACAGGGCGAGACUGAGCGUGUAUUUGCCGCCUAAAGUUCGGGUUUGGUACGAAUUUAGGGAUGGGGAAAUGUUUAUCUCCGAUGACAAAAGUAACGAAACUUCUGUCGAUAUCAUCGAGACGGAUUUUGUGAUGUUCGUUGCUCAAGGUAGCGUCGUAGCUUUAGUGGAUGGCAAUGAUAUAGAUUUAACAGUGGCGAUGAACUCUUCCGAUACCAAAAUUAAUGCGGAAGGUUCGAUAAAAGUGGAAAACCAAACGAUUCAUUUUCGAGCCUACGAUGAGUACGUUCAGGUUAUAUCGAAUUCUACCGUCAAUUACACGCUGAAGAAUAUAACAGUGUAUAGUUACGAGAAGAACAAGAGUUUCAAGGAGUCUUACAAGAAAAAUUUGUUUUUAAACGAAACAACGAUGAUUUAUUAUCGACAACUAAAACAACAAACAUUAGUUGGUAAUCAACAACAAUUACAGGGGACUAAUUAAAUUAUCAAUGAGAUUGAAAAUAGAUUUUUUUUUAUUUUAAACAGAAAGUUAAGCUCAUUAAAGUUUUGAGGUAUUAGGUAUAUUUAAUAUCGCUGUGAAAUUAAUAGAUUAUGUGCUGUUUAUAGAUUCUUGAAAUUUAAUUGUAAUAACAGUAUUGUAUGCACCUAGUUAAUUA